AUGGGAGUAUAUCAAUCGGUUAACACCGAAAUGCUGCAAGUGGAUGAAGCCGAUGACAAGGUAGCACUCACUGCCUUCAUGGGAGGACUGCAUAUAUCUAGAUUCCUUUUUUCCUUAUCAAAGGAACCUCCAACUAGUAUGGCAAAAUUAUUGGUCAAAGCUAGGAAACACAUGAAUGUGGAUGACACUAUGAGUGCACGAAAGAGGAAAGAAGGAAAAGACAGGAAGACAGAUAAAAAGAGAUCACAGCCUGGUGCCAAGGAUGAGAAGGAGACUAAAUUCAAGAAGUCUUUAAUCAAUCAAAGUGAGAGGACAUCUCGUUACAAGAGCUCAGAUAAGUACAAUAACUACACCCCGCUUAAUAUGCUUAUAGAUCAGGUUUUAAUGCAGAUUCAGGAUGAUCCCUCCCUAAAGUGGCCGUCAAAGCUGAAAUUUAAUCCCUCAAGAAGGCCUCGGGAUAAAUAUUGCAGGUUCCACAGAGAUCGUGGGCAUACCACGGAGGAUUGUAUCGACCUAAAAGAUCAGAUUGAUAAUUUGAUUUGA